CAUGCACAUUUUUAAGACUAAGAAUUAUUUUAGUUUAGAAAAGUGCUAUGGACUAGGUUUUGUGCGCGAGUACGUUUAGGUGGCAGUCACAACACAGCACAAGGCACUAUAGUAAACACAGACAUACCAAGGAGCGGUUUGGAUGUAAAAUAUCAAGUGUCAACGUUUAAAACUUAAAAAAAUAAAUAAACAAUGUUGACAAAUCAACAAUAUUCUCAGGACGAGUCCCAGACAGAUCCUGAUGGUACGUCACUGCACACUGAGGAGAAACGUUUGACACCAGCAGUUCUGGACUAUAGGGAGAGGGCAGGAAAAGAGUCCACCUUGAUGGGCAGUAGCUAUGCAGGAGACCUUGUUGCAGUCGUUAAAGAAGAAUUUUCACAGAAGCAUGAGAACUACCUGAGGGGCUGCAAAUGGUCUCCAGAUGGAAACUUCAUUCUGACAAAUAGCAAUGACAACAUUCUGCGAGUGUUUCAAAUGGCAGAUGACAGUGAAUUGAGUUGCCUUGCAAGUAUUCAGGAAAGAGAGCUGAUAUAUGACUUCUGCUGGUACUCACAGAUGCAACCCUCUGACCUCAGUACCUACCUUGUUGCUGCAACUUGCCGGGACUUCCCUAUACAUCUUAUCAGCUCAGUGACGGGAAGUAUAGUAAGCAGCUACCGUGGCUAUAAUCAUGCUGAUGAAGUAGUUGCUGCACACAGUGUUGCUUUCACAGCAGAUGGUAGGCACCUCCUUGCUGGUUACAAUAAAACAAUCCGCAUUUUCAACACAGAACGACCUGGGCGAGAAUGUGUUGUGAAGAGUACCGUCUUUAAAGACCAAUAUUCUGGACAGACAGAGGGUCAGCCAGGCAUCAUCUCCUGCUUUGCUCCUCACCCAGUUCAUCCACAACUCUUUGCUGCUGGUUCCUUUCGGGGAGACGUGGCAAUCUACUCCACCCCUUCAGGAGAAUUGAAUACACUGUUUCAAGGCCAAGUAGGGGGCGUCACCAAGUCCUGUUUUCCACUGAUGGUCUUUAUCUUUUUUCUGGAGGACGUAAGGAUCCUGAGAUUAUUUGCUGGGAUAAGGAACCCAGGAAAAGAGCUGAUGGUUAUGUAUCGCUAUGUGCAGACUAAUCAGCGCAUGUAUUUUGACAUAGACUGCACUGGUAGAUAUCUUCUGUCUGGUAACCACAAUGGUACAGUCACCAUAUGGGACCUGGCAUCUGAAGCAAAAGAAAGUGUACACACUCCGUGGCCACACAUUGACCCCAUCAUCAACUUUCAGGCCCAUGCUGAUACCACAAACGGAUGCAGCGCCCAUCCCAGCUACCCACUCCUGACUACAGCAUCUGGCCAGCGGCAUUUCCCCCUCCAUGCAAUCAUCAAUGAUGACAGCUCUGAUGAUGAUUCAGACAAAGAGCUGGAAGAGAAAGAUGUGGAGGAAAAUACCUUGCGGUUGUGGAGGCUGAAGUUGCCUGGCUAUGAUGAAGGUGUUACAGAGUCUGGCAGCAUUCAAGGAGAGACUGAUGUCUAUGCAGAAGACAAUAGAGAAACAGUGCAGAGUGUAGAGUGUUUGACAGAUUUAAGAAAUGCAGGAGAAAUGAGCAAUUGCUCUGAGACAGAUCACUAUAGACAAACAGAGAACUAUAGAGAAACAGAGCAGAGUGUAGAGUGUUUGACAGAUUUAAGAAAUGCAGGAGAAAUGAGCAAUUGCUCUGAGACAGAUCACUAUAGACAAACAGAGAACUAUAGAGAAACAAAGCAGAGUGUAGAGUGUUUGACAGAUUUAAGAAAUGCAGGAGAAAUGAGCAAUUGCUCUGAGACAGAACACUAUAGACAAACAGAGAACUAUAGAGAAACAGAGAACACACAGAACACUCCACAGAAAGCUUAAAUGGUGUUCAAGUUCCACAGAAUUCUAGAGAAACAGAGAGAGGCACUGUAGGAGAAAGGGGCCCAAGUUAUGGGACUAUUCAGGAGAUGGACAUUGUCCAGGAAUCAGAGGACGGUGAAAGAGACUAAGUGAGGCUGAAGGUUAUUUUUGCUGAAGUGUUUUCAUUCCUCAAUAGAAUCAGUGAUUAAAUGAUCAAUGACUGGA